AUGCGUGUCUCAUCAAGUCUAUCAUUGUGUUUAUCAGUCAAGGUGGAUUUGUGAGUCAUGUUGUAAUGCUCGAGGACUUAUAUGUACUAACAUCCGGGCCUUGUGCCGCUGAUUGGAGAGACCCGCCAUUGCAGUAAUACGUAUUUGCUGACGAUUUGAUUGGUUGCUCUGAAUUUGAAGGAUAACGACGACACCUAGUAACCAUGACGUCACGCCGACUUGUUGUGCUUCUGUUCCUCAUUAUUACAACGGACUCGCGAUGCUUUGCGGACAUCAAGAAACGAUUAAUGUUGGAAUCAAGUUCAUCUGUCUUCACCACAACGGGUGUACCCACGGACAAGCUGUGUGAUGAGUGCACUCUCUGCAAAUGUCGCCCUCACGACCUUCUAGAUUUUGCCUGUUCCAGUAUUAUCGCCACCGACAAUUAUCAUUUCUGUGAAAACUUCAUCUGCAUGCACCCCAUUACAUGUUCUCAAGAUACUAGUCCGACGACCAAGACGACGACAACAACGACUACUCCCCGACUUCCGGUCACGUGUAAUAAGACCUCCCUCAUUGAGGCCGUGGCCGUCAAUCGGCCGGUCACCCAUCCCUUGGUGAGUCCUUGUUCGGACCCCUACUACAGCCCGCCGGAAGCUCUCACCAUUAAAUACUGUGCACUUCCGCUUGCUAGCGGCUGGACUAAAGGUCAAAAGGUCGUGGAUUUUUGUCACAGCAAUGGAACACUGCCCUACACUCCCAUCUCAACAUUCUCACAUGGACAUCACGGGGAAAUAUCAGGGGUUUUCCUACAUUGCACAGACAAAGGGGGAUUUAUAAUGAUUGCUCAGUCAUGUACAGCGACCCCUAGCGUCAUGGACGUCAAUACAGCCCACGACUCGCUCUACCACCUACAGGAUUUCCAUUUCAUACUCAUAUGAUACAACAUGUAAUUUAGGGCUUAUUUGUUAUUGGGAAAUAAAAUACAAGAAGUAGUUUAUAUAGAGCAUGUUGCUCAGUGGUUAAAUGAUUUGUACCAGCAAAAUAUGGGCUGCUGGUUCAAAUCCUACUGUGGAUGCUAUAUGAUGUGUUGUGGGUAUUUUCACAAGCUUAGGCACUUUAUAUUUUACAAUUUCCCAGUCCAUCCAACUCCAUCGGGACCGACUUCAGGCACGUAGCAUCGUUUUUGAAAGUGGGGGGGGGGGG